GUGGUGGUGACGGCCGCCAAACAACUGCGGGCUCUGAGGAAUCUCUCGUCGAGCCUUCGCAGCGCCGGUGAAAGCCGUAGCGCUGCGUCGCAGGGGGACAAGCGCAGUCGCAGCGCUGGGAUAACAUCCCGGGAGCUUCCACCACCACCUCCUGCUCCCAUCAAGGCUGAGAAAGCCGCUGAGAGUGACUACGAGACAGACGAAGAGGAGGAAGAAUCUGAAAAAGAAGAAGAAGACGAAGUCACUGGGGCCCAUCCUAAGGCUGAUCCUGCGAGACGCCCUCCUGAACCAGCAGUUCCCCCCAAACCAAAGGAAGUGGUUCAGCAGGAUACCUUCAGGCCGUCUGAGCGUGAAGCUGAGGAUAGGGGCAUUCUGGGACACUCAGUCAAGAUUGGAGGAGAGAGAGCCACUUGCCCGGCGAAGGGAGCAAUGGCGAGAAUAGAAGAUGGGAAGGAGUUUUCAGUGGACGACCCCGCCGAGUGGGGGUCUUUGCUGAUAGACAAAGGGUGCAUUGUAGAAGCGCCAGUGGAACCCCACGACGAGAAGGAAGAGCCCAUUUGGGGCGGCUUCUUGGUUAUGGGGACUCGUAUAACCCACGACGCAUCACUGCGCCUUCAUGUGAAGAGUUUGGGUUGUGGCGAUCCCCAGGUGGCUCGGGAACUUUCAAGUGCUUUCAACAGGAAAGAAGGGCACAUUCAUCUUUGCCCAAGCUCGCUGUGCAUGGAUUACGGGGACGAGGACUUCCAUGUGAAGCGCAUCAGAGUCUACAGUGUAGAAGGCUUUGCACGCGAGUACAUGACUGCCCACACGCGAAACCAGAUCAAGAAAUGGCUGGGAGAUUUAGGGAUGAGCACUGGGGAACCAGAGGAAGAAGAAACAGGAAAACGCCCUCCAGCUCCUGGCCCAAAGCGGGCGCCGGCUUUGCGCGCAGCGCCCCGCAAGGUGAAAGAGAGGCGCGCCGGCAAACCGCCUGGCGCACCCCCCAAGGAGUCAGAGGUCCCUGGCGCUGGCGCCGAGCCGAGCGCCACCGAGGAGGCCAAGCGUGCUAUGCUACGCGAAAGGCUCCGGAAAGCCAAGGAGAGUAUGGCCCAUGGACUGGUGGCCGAGAGUCUGGGACGCGCUGCAACAUGCGAGCGCGGGGUGCCUGGCUCUCCGGUUGUCCAGGACGUGGAGUCUUCCUCGGAAGGCUAUUCAGCCUCAAUAGCGGAAGAGGGGCCGAGUACGGGGACCUGUCUGACGGGGAAGGAGUUGGAUCGGGGGGCCACUCAAGUGACCUUUGCCGACCGCCCCAAAGUCAUCCCGAAAGUCAAGAAAAAGAGGAAGAAGACAGACGCAGCUUAUGCGUCGGGCAGCAGAGAGGAGGAUUCGCGUCUGUCCAAGAAGGACGCUGGAUCCCAGCUGUUGAAGAUCCUUACCAAGUUAGCCAAGGGUCAGAAGGACAAGAAGGAGAAGAAAGACAAGAAGAACAGAAAGAGGCGGAGGCGUGUCAAACUAGAGGAAGGAGGAGACCCCAGCGAUUCGUCAGGGAGCUCUCCGACGCCCAGUGGAGGAGGAGAUUCAGGUGGUUCUUCAAGCAGCUCAGGAGACGAGGACAAGGAGGAGAGCAAGAUGGAAGCCCCGCUCCGACGCAAGUCGUUGAAGCGCCCGGGCAGCGUGUUGCGGCUUCUCAUCAACCAUGCCCGGCAACAGCUGGACCAGACAGCCAAGGUGGAAGUUGGGAAUGCAGCAACAGAAGAUCCCACCUUGGGAGUGAGGAUUGCAAGCUACUUCAGCAUCAUCGUCAAGCCGAAUCUGGGGACAGCUCUGGGUCCCACCAGGGAGAUGUAUCAUCUCUCAAACUGCAUAGACCUCCUAAGAAAAGGAGAACUGAGCAGGCUGGGAGAUGUCCUAGCGGGCCGCUUUAUCAGCCUCCACCAGUCAGUGUUGGACGGGGGCUGGCAAGCGGCCAGACACCUGGAGGUGAUGCCCUACGAGGAGGUGAGCGCUGCUGGAACCAGCGUGGUCCUACAGGCGCGGAAGCAUGCCCGGGUCGCCGCAAAGGCGCUGGGUGCGGACGCGCCGUGGGGCUGGCGCCAAAACCCAAAGGGCAGAGGAGGAAAAGGAAAGUAUCCUGCCUGGAACGAGACAGAAUGGCAGGGUCAAGUCAAAGGGAAACAGAAGGGCCCAAAAGGCUCUCAAGAAAAAGGAGAAACCAGGAGACAAAUGACUGUGGAAAAGGGUGCGCUUGCGCUGGCCAAAGCCGAGCGCAUCCCCCGAUCUCCUCGGGGCAGGGAAGGCGUGACCACGCAAGCCUUCAAGGAGGGGUUACUUUUGGGUACCUCUCUACCGCGGAUGGCGUGCAUGUUGGCGUGGUGGUUGGUCAUGCCUCCUCGCUGCCUCGAGGGGGAUAGUUUCACUUCGGAGCUCUUCCAGGGGUUGCUGAAAGCAACUGUCGCAGGAGCACAACGGCGCCCAAGGCCUAAGGGCGCUGUAUUCCCCCUAAGGGAGGGAGACUUGCUGGAAUUCAUUGAGGUGUACAAGAACAUUUCGUUGCAAGAAGCUACAUCCGCAGCUUUUGUGGAGCGCUGGCAAAAACAGGCCUGGCUGCUCUUGUGCAUGUGCGGGUUGAAUGCGUUGAAUGGUACGCCUACCUUGCCGGUGAGCGGCCGCUGGACGCAAGCCGAGCGUGCUGCGGCAGGUAGCAUAGCCUCAGCCGUGGAACGGAGGCUAGCAACCUUUGUAGAGAACGAUGCGCUGACCGAGUCCGCAUGGCAAAAAGACAUGAAGAGUAGGCAGGACCCUUCAGAGAUUUCAUUGCCUAAGUUACCCGGCAAAGUGCAUAUCAAGUCCGAAGAUAGGUUUGCAAUUGCCUCGGAACUGGGGACACCCCUACCAGCUUGGAUGAACGAUGUUCUCAAGGGGGCUGAAGAUCAAGAACGGACAUGGUUUCAUGUUUACUUGGACAAUUUCUGCGCUGGGGAGCGAGUUAUGCCGGAGCAGCAUUCAACAAAGGGAGCUUUAUGUCAUGAGCAAGUGGAGCAAGCUUGGGGGGACGCAGGGGUGAUUUCUUCAGCAAAGAAAAAGGUUGUGGCGGCAUCAAGGGUCACGGAACUAGGUGCCGAGGUAGACGGCCACAAUGGAACCUUGGGGCAAGUUUGGAAAUUUAUCUCUGGAUAUGAAAAGGUGACAGAUAAGAUGAGGCGAGCAGUGCGAACCGAACUCUUACAGCUGGUCUUGUUGUCCCCCCUACUCCACUGCAAUUUGAGUGCCCCAGUGGAAGAAAAGGUUAUUGCAACGGACGCUUCAGAGCGAGGAUGUGCAAUUUCAGCAGCAACUUCUCUGACCUCAACGGGGCUUGAUUUCCUGCAAGCGACAAGGAAGAUAGAAGCAUUUGGAAGUUCAGAAGCCAUCCCUGUACUCAUUGUAAGCCUUUUCAAUGGUAUAGGAGGAAGCUUCAGGUGCUAUGAUAUUUUGGGGGUGUCACCCAUGGGUCGCAUAGCAGUUGAAUGUGACCCAGGAGCCAAUAGGAUCACCCAGAAACGGUGGCCAGGAACGAUCAUAAUCAAUGAUGUGAAGUUGGUAGAUCGCGCACUGGUGCGUUCAUGGAGCUCAAAGUUCCUCCGGAUUCAGGAGGUGCAUGUGUGGGCCGGUUUUCCAUGUACAGAUCUUUCUGCAGUAAAGUUUAAUAGAGCAAACCUGAAGGGCAGCAAUAGCAAGCUAUUUUGGGAGAUUCCAAGGAUUGAGCAGUUAAUCCAGGAGGAGUUUGGACCGGAAGUGGUGGUUAAAUCAGCUGUUGAAAACGUUGCUUCAAUGGAUCAGGACGCUUGCAAAGAAAUCUCAGAGGAACGUGGGUCUUGGCCCUACCACCUUGAUCCGGUCCAUGCAGUGCCUAUGAAGCGGCCCAGGUUUGCUUGGGUAUCGGAAUCAUUGGAGGGGGUUUUCCCAGACAUCAGUUUUCACUCCAAGCGGUAUUGGACUGAAGUCGUGGCAACGGCGGACUAUCCCAAUACGGAGCAAUGGCUGGAGCCUGAACAUGAUUGGGCAGGUGAGAGAGUGGGUGCUACCUUCCCCACUUGUAUGAAAGCAAUUGUCAGGCAACAUCCGCCGCCACGACCAGCAGGGAUAGAGAAGUGUGACAAUUUGACUAUUCAAAGGUGGACUGAAGAUGCUUUCCGCUACCCACCUUAUCAAUAUGACUGGAAAUACAUCAUCUCAACGCCGAAUACAUGGCGACUACUGAGUGCUGAAGAGAAAGAACUCUUGCUUGGCUAUGGGUACAAACACACAGAGUUUGCUUGGCCGGCAUCCCGG